AUGGCUUCCAAAGCUCCACCCUCGUCCACCGAGAAACAAAGAGACUUCUUCAAUCAUCUCGAAGCUUACCUCGCAAAGAGAGACGGCGUCGACAAGCUUUUGAAAAUCUCCAGGUACACCACCAAGAUCAUCCUCUCCUCUUCCGCGAUCUCCGAAUCCCAUCCUCUCACUCACCGUCUCAAGAGCUUUGAGUCCAGCGUUGGCGUCAGCCGGAAAGCCUUCCGUCUCGGAAAGUUUAUCCAGGAUAUCAACGCCUUAAGAAAUUCGCAUUUCGAAUCUAACCAAGAAUUUCUGCUCGCUCUCCUUGCGUAUGGCGGAGAAGGGAUUUAUUACUUUGUCGAACAAUUCAUUUGGUUAGCUAAAUCUGGUUUGAUUGACAAACGACACUCGAGUCGGUUGCAGAAGAUCAGUGCGUGGGCGGAAUUAAUCGGGUAUAUUGGGAGUAUUUCGUUGAAAUUUAGGGAUUUGAAUCGGAUUCUUGAAGAUGAGGCGUGUUUGAAAGCGAGUAUUGAGAUUGCUGUCAACAGAGGAAUUGGGCAUCGGGAAGAAGACGAGAAGAUGAAGAAGUUGCGUGCGAAGAUGUUGAUGAAGAAGCUUUCGAUUGUUCAAGAUUUUGCCGAUGGAUUCAUGGCCGUUGCGGACGUUCGUGAUGGCAACGGCCGGUUUUCAGGUCCUCUUCUAAUUUCUUUUGCUGGGCUUCUCUCGGCAUUGAUUAGCACUCAUAAGAAUUGGAUAUCAUGCUGAAAUAGCUUUCAAUUUUACCAGGCUAAAUUUUCUGUUAAUUUCAAAACAUUCAUAGCACAGGCACACACUAUACAUCUCAAGGAAUGCAUGACAUAGGAAUUUUGAUCCUGAACUAUCAAUGUGUAAUAAUGAUUAUUGUUAGUCACCUCCCACGUUUGAAAGAAUAAACAACACAAAAAUGACCCCUGCUAA